AUGGCGGCUGCCAGAGAAAGACGACUACCGCAGCUUCACCUCACGCUCGACGCUCCCACGUGGGCCUUCCGGUGCCCCGCCCCGGCGCCGGUCACCGCGGCGACGCCGUCCACCUCGGCGGCUCGGCCGGACGGCGAGUUCCGCCUGAGCGACUUCGACAGGCUCUCCGUCCUUGGGCGCGGGAACGGCGGCACCGUCCACAAGGUCACGCACCGCCGCACGUCGGCGCUGUAUGCGCUCAAGAUCAUUCACCGCGGCCACCCCGGCGCUGACGAGGAGGUAGAAGUUGUACGCCGCGUCGACUCGCCUCACAUCGUCCGGUGUCACUCGGUCCUCCCGACGGGUUCCGGCGACUCAGCGUUACUCCUGGAGCUGAUGGACGGCGGUUCCCUCGACUCGCUCGUCCGCGCCGGCCAGGGAGGUUUCCCGGAGGCGGCUCUGGCGGAGGUGGCGGCGCAGGCGCUGUCCGGCCUGGCGUACCUCCGCGCACGCCGCGUCGUCCACCGGGACAUCAAGCCUGCGAACCUUCUGGUCAACAGUGCCGGGCAGGUGAAGAUCGCCGACUUCGGCAUAGCCGAGGUCGUCUCCCGCGCCGGCAAGUACCGCGCGGCCUACGAGGGCACCGCCGCGUACAUGAGCCCCGAGCGCUUCGACACGGAGCGGUCGUUGCACGUCGCCGGCGACGAGGAGGGCCCCGUCGACCCCUACGCCGCCGACGUGUGGGGGCUGGGGGUUACCGUCCUGGAGCUCCUCAUGGGGCGGUACCCGCUGCUCCCCGCCGGGCAGGAGCUGAGCUGGGCGGCGCUCAUGUGUGCCGUCUGCUUCGGCGAGCUGCCGGCACUUCCCGACGGUGAGGCAUCGCCGGAGCUCCGGGGUUUCGUGGCCGCUUGCCUGCAGAAGGACCAUCGGAAGCGAGCGUCCGUCGCAGAGCUGCUCGUGCACCCGUUCGUCGCCGGGAGAGACGUUGCGGCGUCGAGACGGGCGCUACGCGAAGUGAUCGAGCAGCGGUGUCGAUAA